GUUCGAGGGGUCUGGAGGGGUAUAUAAACUUUGUACUUUUAGAUAGCUUAAUCAUUCAGUAUUUGCUCAAAUCUCUGAAACUCAUUCCAAAAUGACUGGUCGCGGCAAAGGAGGAAAAGGACUCGGCAAGGGAGGCGCCAAACGUCAUCGCAAAGUUUUGCGUGACAACAUCCAGGGAAUCACCAAGCCGGCCAUCCGUCGUCUUGCCCGUCGUGGUGGUGUCAAGCGAAUCUCUGGUCUCAUCUACGAGGAGACCCGUGGUGUGUUGAAGGUGUUCCUUGAGAACGUGAUUCGUGACGCCGUCACCUACACUGAACACGCCAAGAGGAAGACGGUGACGGCCAUGGACGUCGUCUACGCAUUGAAACGCCAGGGCCGCACUCUGUACGGUUUCGGCGGUUAAAUCUGACUUUAGUAGUCAAACUCUGAUCUUUCAAUCCAAUCGGCCCUUUUCAGGGCCACCAUUUACUUAAAGAA